AUGGCUCCUUCCUCCGUAUCACCAGCCUCAACAACGACGAGGCCAUCCCUUAGAUCCCCUCCGAGAGAAAGCUCCCCGGAGCCUAUCAUCAACGAUAACCCUGCCAUCCAGAGCUACUACCAAUCCUUCGAAUCACGCAUCGGCUACCGUCUGCUCCUCGGCGGCACGCGCCACUUCGCCUAUUGGGACCACGACACAUACUUCCCCUUCCCCCUCGGCCCGCCCCUCCGCCGCAUGGAGGACAAGCUGCUCGAGGCCCUCGCGCUGCCUCGCGGCGCCACCGUCCUUGACGCCGGCUGCGGCGUCGGCCACGUCGCGCUGCACAUGGCGCUGCGCGGGGGCCUGCGCGUCCAGGCCAUCGACAUAUACGACCAUGACCUCGACGCUGCCGCUACGGCCGGCGGUUGGAUGGCCGCCGAUAUGCGCAGGGUCAACGAGCUGGCGGCCAUGCCUACGUAUCAGGCGGCGCGGCCAGGCUACUUCAGGGCGCUGCUCGAGGAGGCCGGCUUUGAGGAUAUCGUCGAGCGGGACUAUAGCGAGAACGUGCGGCCCAUGCUGCGCCUGUUUUACCUGCUGGCCAUCGUGCCGUACUUGAUCGUCAGGGUGUUGAGGCUCGAGAAGUAUUUCGCCAACACGCUGGCUGGUGUUCUGGGGUAUGCGGCGGGGGAGCACUGUCAUUAUGUGGCCAUUAGCGCGAGGAAACCGGGGGUGCUCGAGGGGUCCAAGGCCAGGUAG